UCCUUUGCUCCACCGGAGGCGACAUCUAGUGAGGAGAUGGCGUCCAGAGGGGGGUUUCAGUCUGCACCGACUGGUGGUGGUGGAGCUGUUGGACCUGGACAACCUGUACCCGGUGCUGGACCAGGCAUGGGACCCGGGACUCCCACUGGAAGAAUGGGUCCAUCUUCGGCUGGUCAGAACCACAUGUACCGAUCUCCAAUGCCUGGGCCUGGGUACCCGAGACCGGGCAUGCCUCCAUCCAGCCGCAUGACCCCACAGGGACCAGCAAUGGGGCCCCCAGGAUACGGCAACAGCCCUGUGUCUCGUCCUGGGAUGCCUGGAGUUAUGGACCCAUCCCGGAAGAGGCCGGCCCCCCAACAGAUUCAGCAGGUUCAGCAGCAACAGAACCGCAACCAGCACACAAAGAAGAAGAAGAUGGCCGAUAAAAUUCUACCUCAGCGGAUCAGGGAACUGGUCCCGGAGUCUCAGGCUUACAUGGAUCUCUUGGCUUUUGAGAGAAAGCUGGACCAGACCAUAAUGCGUAAGAGACUGGACAUUCAGGAGGCCCUCAAGAGGCCCAUUAAGCAAAAGAGGAAACUUCGGAUCUUUAUAUCCAACACCUUCAAUCCUGCAAAGCCUGACGCUGAAGACGGCGAGGGCACGGUGGCUUCAUGGGAGCUGCGCGUUGAAGGCCGCCUGCUGGAAGAUACGGCUGUGUCCAAGUAUGAAGCUACCAAGCAGAAGAGGAAGUUCUCGUCUUUCUUCAAGUCUUUAGUGAUUGAAUUGGACAAAGACUUGUAUGGUCCAGAUAAUCAUCUGGUAGAAUGGCAUAGGACUGCCACCACGCAGGAGACUGAUGGUUUCCAGGUGAAGAGGCCUGGUGAUGUGAGCGUUCGCUGCACCGUCCUGCUCAUGCUCGAUUACCAGCCCCCUCAGUUUAAGCUGGACCCUCGACUGGCCCGGAUGCUGGGUAUUCACACACAGACCAGACCCGUCAUCAUCCAGGCCCUGUGGCAGUAUGUCAAGACCCACAAACUCCAGGACCCACAUGAGCGAGAGUUCAUAAACUGUGACAAAUAUCUGCACCAGAUUUUUGAGACUCAGCGAAUGAAGUUUUCUGAAAUCCCACAACGCCUGCAUGCGCUGCUCAUGCCUCCAGAGCCGAUCAUCAUCAACCAUGUGAUCAGUGUGGACCCUAAUGACCAAAAGAAGACGGCAUGUUAUGACAUCGAUGUGGAGGUGGACGACACGCUGAAGACUCAGAUGAACUCCUUCCUGCUGUCCACAGCCAGUCAGCAGGAAAUUGCAGGACUGGAUAACAAGAUUCAUGAAACCAUAGAGACCAUCAACCAGCUGAAAACCCAGAGGGAGUUCAUGCUGAGUUUUGCCAGAGAUCCUCAGGGCUUUAUCAACGACUGGCUUCAGUCUCAGUGUAGAGACCUCAAAACCAUGACUGAUGUGGUUGGAAACCCAGAAGAGGAGCGGAGGGCCGAGUUUUACUACCAGCCGUGGGCUCAGGAGGCAGUCUGCCGCUACUUCUACUCAAAGGUGCAGCAGAGACGACAGGAACUGGAGCAGGCGCUCGGCAUCAGGAACACCUGAAGCAGAGGAAGACCACGCACGCGUCUUUUGGAGACAACUGUUCAGUGUAUUGGGGGGUGGGGGGUAUUUAGACUCAACUCCUCAGUUUUGCAAAAACCUUGGAAGACAUAGAUACUAGAUUAUUGCAUUAUUAAAUAGGAUGCCAGUUUUUGUUUUCACACUGCAGUUUCAUGUCUUUUUGUUCCCCUCUUCAUAUCACAACUCCUUUAAAAUAGUUGUCUCUGCUUUUCGUACCAUUCCUUUGAUUUGAAAACCGGUUCAGUGCAAAAGUACUGCAUGUACACAAUUCUAAAGCGGAACGCAGACCGUACUGGGAAACGUUGUUUCCCCCCUAAAGAAAGGAUGUAUGGAUUGUAUUCUGGUCCCUAAGUUUAAAAACAUUUUUGUCUUUUGACGCGCCUUAACACCCUUGCCUACCUGAGUAACUAUUGAUUGUUGUUGUGUUUGUGAUCAGUCGUGCUACUUUGCUGUAUAUUAUAUUUGCUUUAAGUGUCACUGGUUUGCUUUGUCGUUAGGGUGAGAGUCCCUUCAAAGCUAAAUCAGUCACAGCAGAAAACAGCACUGUGGCAGUUUGGAAAUCCUUUGUUACAUUCUCCUUUGGUAUGAAGGCUUUUUUGUUCUUGUACUAAUAAUGAUCCUUGUUUUAGACUUGUAUAAUAUAUCACGUUAGUUCAGGUUAUAAUAGAAAUAGCUAGUAUGAUUACCUCUAGUCUACAUAGUUUUGUAAAUAUUGAGCAGAAUAACGUGGCGUCAUCAGUGCUGAAGGCUGAAGUCUACAUUCAACAAGUGGAAACGGUAUUGAAAGGCUCUCCGUCUUUACUCGCCCUUUAGAGUUCAAACCUUUUCGUUGGAUGUCUUCUAACCAAGCGCAGAAAAGGCCAUGAAGUGGUGAGAAGCGUCACGCCUGAAGAUGGUCUGUUUUAGUUUUCUCUGUUGGAAGUGGGGGAAAAAACAUCUUUGACUGACAUGUCUUUAAUUAUUGACAAGAAUACACUAAUGAAACUUGUGGGAUGUAAACCAACACUGGGUGGACUGUAAGAUAUUUUGUGAAUCUGCAGACUUUUUCAUGGACCAAACCUAUUUUUCUGUAUGUUCUUAUGUUAUAGUAAAGGAUAUGUAUAAAAUUA